AUGGUGAUACUAUCUUCAUAUCUAAAACCACUUUUCAAUCCAUUCAUACUUAUAUUUCAAUUAUUAUGGCGAAUCUUUUGGUCAGGGUUAAAUCAAAAAUCACUUAUCAGAUUCUUAUUAAAUUAUUGGAUUAAUUUUUCUCCAGUUUUCAUUUGGUUAUUAAUAUUUAAAAAUGCAGGAUUAAUUCCAAAAUCUAUAAGACCUCAUAUCUUUGUCAAAUUAGCAUAUAGAGUCGAUGAACGUUUAUUCAACUUCUUCGACUUCCCCCUUGAAAAUUUAGCCCUUGUAAUUUGUUGUGGUUUAGUAUCAUAUUUAUUAUAUUGGAAAGUUUAUGGCCCUAUUGGAAAAAAUACUUCAUCAGUUCCGACUUCAGAACAUAAUGAUAAUGAAGUGAAUCAACCAUUCUUAAAAACUUAUGAGGUUUCUCCGUCUCAUUCAUUUGAAUUAACUGAUGUCGAUUCAACAUCGUCAAGUGUGGAAUGUCAAAAUUCAACUCAAAAUGAAGAAAAUAUAUCAUCUGAAACUUUAACCAUUGAUGAUUCACCAUCAGACCUAUAUGAUGAAGAUGAUCCUAAUAAGUUCAUGGAUCUAGUCUAUUUCAAACAUAGAAGAUAUACCCCUAAUAAUACCAAACUUGAAACCAUCAUUGAAACCCGUCAGCAACAAUCCUCAUCUAAUCCUUAUCGUCCUUUAAAUAAUUGGUAUUUAACCGCACCUCUAUUAUUAUCAGCAAGUUGGUUUAUAUUAAAUUUUGAUUAUUAUUUAUUCCGUGAACCAAUUCAUACCCCAAAAGAUAUUUUAGCAUGGUUUUCAUAUGUCAUUGGCCAUUUCUGUGCCCCAUUAUUCACAGCUAUUUGGUUAUAUGUCUUCCAUGCUCCUGGUUCAUUAAAAUUAUUUUCUAUUGCAUUAGGGGUCCAAAAUAUAGCAGGAGUAUUAACUCAUUUAUCAUUUCCAAAUGCUCCACCUUGGUUUAUUCAUCUUUAUGGUGAAAAUUCUCUUGCUGAUUAUGAUAUGCCUGGAUAUGCGGCUGGAUUAACUAGAGUUGAUGUAGCUAUGGGAACACAUCUUAAUACCAACGGAUUCCAUGCUUCACCUAUAGUGUUUGGAGCCUUACCUUCAUUACAUUCAGCUAUGGCGGUGAUGGUAUUCUUUUUCCUUAGUUAUUAUUCAAGAUGGACCUUUGUUAAAUUGAUUGGAUUAUCCUUUGUCAUUUUACAAUGGUGGGCUACGAUGUAUUUAGAUCAUCAUUGGAGAUUGGAUUUAUUCGUGGGAAUGUGUUAUAGUAUCGUUAUGUUUUCCAUCUUACAACCUUGGUUAAGAAACAAUGAUAAAAGAUUCAUGAUGGCCCGUUUAAGAAAGGAUUAUUUAAAUAGUCAUACAAUGGGUAUGAGAGUAUUCAAAAAUACAUGGUUAGAAUCAUUCUUUGAUCCAUUAUAUUUAGCUGAUGAAAACUAA